CACGCGCCUAAACGCACCUCUGACAUGUGAAGCAUGGAAGAUAGUGAUCUUGAUCAAUACCGCGAUAUGAUCAUCGAAGGCGACCUACCCCUGGACUUAAGACCACCGCCGAGGCUCUAUCUCCCGCACUACCUCCGGGAAGACCCCACGGAGUACCCCCAGGACGACACAUACGUCUCCGUUGAUGAGGACACGCCAGAAGCACCCCCGCCGUCCAGCGACUCUGAAAGAUACGACGCCUCCAGCCCUAUCGACCACAAAUCUGCAUCGCCAAAGAAACCCAAAUCGAAGUCCUCUUCACAACUCAUCAAGCCGCCGUACUCCUACAUCGCUCUGAUCACGAUGGCCAUCCUACAGUCGCCACACAAGAAGCUAACAUUGAGUGGGAUUUGCGAGUUCAUCAUGACCAGGUUUCCGUAUUACCGGGAGAAAUUCCCAGCGUGGCAGAAUUCCAUCAGACACAACUUGAGUUUGAACGAUUGCUUUAUAAAAAUUCCAAGAGAACCGGGAAAUCCUGGGAAAGGGAACUACUGGACGUUAGAUCCUCUGGCAGAGGAUAUGUUUGACAAUGGAAGUUUUCUGAGGCGUCGGAAGCGGUACAAACGGCCAGCUCCCUCGUUGCAGCACGCACAUGCCGUCGUGGCCAUGUUGGCACGAGAAGCGUACGCUCCUCUCCUGCCUCUACCGUGUUACUUACCUCCAGCCCCUCUACUGACGCUGCCUCGGCCUCCACCGGCUACCUUGAGGCCUGUUCCGCUGCCGCCGAGAAUAGCAGAAACUACUGAGCCGCGUGAGAAAAGAUCAAGAAAUGGUUUUUCUAUCGAGUCCAUUAUUGGCUCGCAAGAUUCGUCCGUAACUCCAGAGCCACGACGAAGUGCAUUUUCUCCUUUACAUCAGGGCACCGGGCCGCCGGACGACUGGGCCAGGUGAAUGUAUCUAAACGGGUGCGUUUCAAGUCCAUCCCCUUACUGAAGCGCCCCGACGGCCGGCGCCGACUCCUCGCCUAUAGACUGAUCUGUGAGCCAGUGAAAAUUGUAAUAUAAUUCCAAAACUGUAACGGGUAUUACUUCUUCAAUCAAAUUUUAUAGUGUUAGCAUAAAAUGACCAAGCCAUAUGAAGUUACCAGUAAUUUUCGUUGCCGAAGAGUAAGUACCAAAAAUUUGUUUACAAUAUAAAACGCAUGUUUUGAAGAUUGUGUUCAAAUAUUGUGUCGUUAUUUUAGAGUUUAAGUUUUGGGUAAGAAUUAAAUUACGUCCGUAAAAUAAGUGUAAGAGUGUAAUAUAUAAUGCGACUGCGUGCCAAAACUUCAAUGUUGCUACUUUUUAGUUAAAUAUGAGAAAAAAAUGUCUCCCGUGUAUAAUUUGGUUUGUAAGUACCUAUGUAGAUAAAAAUAAUACAAAUUAUUUUUAUUGAAGACAUCUUAAUUAAAAAGUAGCUGCAUUAUUUAAUAUAUCUAGUCAUUUAUGUACAAAGUAGUGUCAAAUACGAGUUUUAUGUAAAUACUUUCUUCGUUUAUUUUAUUGUAAGUAGAUAAGCAAUAAUUUAGUUUUUAAAUAAAGGCGCGUAGACAAAUACAUGUAAAUUAAAACAAUUAUUUCAAUUAAAACUAAGUUAUCCUAAACUGCGCGACUUUUGCACUACUUCAAAUCACUAAAAUUGUAUUUAAACGUUACGAUUGUAGUAUAUUUUUGUGUAAUAUCUUAUUUUUAAGGAUAAUCAUAAAAAAAAAACAAUGA